AAAUAUAUGACUUGUAUCAAGAAAUGCCAAUGGAAAAUGAUGUACUUGAAUCUGCAUUUACAAAAACUUGUGAAGUUGAGGCAGAUGAUGAUGAUCUUCAACCAAAACAAAUUUCUGAAGAUAUGCCUAAUGUAGAAUAUAUCUAUGAAAAAUUAGAUCCAUUAAUCCCUAAAGUAUUUAAUGUAUUUAAUAAUGAACGACUGGUGUAA